AUGCCUGCAAAGCAGCCAAGUUCAGUUGUCCCCGCACAACUGUCUUUCCUUACGAUAUACAACCCGUCCCUUGGAUCUACGGAGGAGACUCUCAGAGAUCAAAUCGUCUUCUACUAUUCAACAAAGGAAAAUGAAGGGCCAUCAAUAAGGAGACAACGGAGGAGUACGCUGGGAGCCGUUAUCGAUGAUACUGAAGUCGAUAACAAUGAGAAGUUGCGCCAGAUAGGACUCGCGCAGGGUAUGGUGAGCUUUGGGAAGAACUUCUCCAAUGGCGAAGCGGUAGACACAGUUGAGACGGAAAAGUCUCGGAUCGUGUUGCAUGAGCUAGAAUCUGGUUGGUGGAUACUAGCUGUAGGGAUUUCUUCCCACUCUAUCAACUAUACUCGUAUAUUCCCAGAGCCACCCGCCUCACCGCAACCACGGCCAGAGAAUGCGCCGGCACCUCGAGUCGAAUAUUCUUCCCGCGAAGUUGCCCCUUCACAUGUUUCUUCAGCACUUUUUGGAGGCAUCCAAUUCUUCUCCAUCACGCGGCCUCCCUCGGCAUUUUUUAAAAAGUAUGGGGAAGACUCAUUCGGGGUCAAACGUGAUCCCAGAUCCAUCCGAAGACGAAAACGACGAAAAGUCCCCGAGGGCAGAGCCUCAAGUGGUGAAACCAAGACCCUUUCAAAGUCACCGAGCCAUACUCCAAAACGCAGUUUGUCUCCUGGAAUCCCUCCUCCUUUGGUGGUAGGAUCUACACCCAAACCUGCCGCUGAAAUCUCGAAAUCUGGAGAAAAUAACUCACGAGAUGGCGUAAAACGUUCUACAGAAGAGCCCGCUGAUCCGUCCGGAUUUGGUACGGAAAAGUUUAUGAAAUUACUCACUCUAGGAUACGGAACAUCUUGGGUUGAUUCUUCGAACUUUUCCCUGUCCCACCCUCGAGUAAAUUUUUUGAAAUUCGGUGGCAGCCCACAGCAAGCCCCAUCAGAGACUGAUUCUUUGUCCAUGACUAGCUCCACUGAACAAGAAAGCACAUCGCUUCCACGGCUGCACAAUAACGGGAGGUUUAUAAUAGGGCUUCGUGAUGACCCAGAGAUUGAGGAGAGCGAUGAAGAAGCGGAUCCACAAGGCCCCGGACCAGGACAUACGCCAGCGAAAGGGGCUCAAAGAGAGAGAACCGUCUUACGGAUACUAACUCUAAUGAUGCGGGAGCGCACGAAAAAUGAGGAUUUUGAGGAUACGACACCCAUCGAUAAAUAUAAGGAUCUACAAGUCGUAGUAUAUCUGAACCAACCUUUCAUGUUCACUUUCCUCUUUGAACCUCAAACACCUUCGUUACAAUCCCCAACGUUUUACAGAAGUAUCCAUCACCAAAUCGGGCCUCUUCAAAAGCCUCUGUUAUUAUCAACGUCAAUAGACAAGAUCCCCCAACGAAGUCCACUCUGGACUCAGUAUCGAAACUCAAAGGAUAGUCCCAGUGAACAGUCUCCUCUCUAUGACAUUAUUUAUGACCCUACAACGCGUUUUAUUCACACAUCCCUCCCAAACAUUCCGGAGCCAGGAAUGCCCGUGCAAACAAUAAAACUAUCAUCCGCUGGUUCCUCUGAACCAACAUGGACCCGCCAGGAUACUCUCAACGUCCAUACGCAAAUCAUAAAUACAUAUAUCGAAACCCGAAGUCGCGCAUCUGAGAUCGAACGGACGUGCAGGACAAGCCGGGGCUGGUGGGUAUUGUGGAUGCGAUUAAGGGACUCUAGGGUGGGCUCUCAUGGUGCCAUACAAGGGGAAGAGGAAGAAGGAAAACAACAGCAGUCACAUACUCCAUCAGCCCAUCACCGGAGCCGCGAACAGCCUCCCAAGGAAGCGUUCCUCGUCCGGAAAGCCAGCGACCACACUGCAUCAGGCCACACUCGUUAUUCCAGCAGAGGAGGGUUCUUCCGCAACAAUAUCGGUGCAUCAGGCACUUCGCAGUCCAGUGCAGGGGAUGGCCGAGGUAGCUGGACUGGUCCCGGGAAACUCGCCGAAGGUGUGGGACUAGAUGCCCGAAGGUAUAUCGAGGCCCUGUUAAAUUUGAACCGGUAG